GAAAGAUAUAUAAUUUAUACAAAUAAAAACCUAUAUAUUUGCUGUCAAAAACUUAAGAUUUGAAUAUCUGUUAAUAUGGACCUUACAAAAGAAAUAUUUAUGUGCGCAUUUUUUACAUUUUUAGUACAUAUUUUCCCAUUUUAUAGUGCAUAUUAUAAGCGCAUAUUUUUUAGUGCAUAAAAAUCCUUGCCCUGCUAAUGAGGGACCGAAAGAAUUUAAUGUAUUAGGGAAUUGUGAAUGCAAAAAGUAUAAUUAAUGAAUCGCUUAAUGACAAAAAUUUAAGAAAAUAAAAUGUUUUUAUAAUAACAUUAAUUGUUACUCGUUUAUAAUUUCUGUUAACAGUCACAACGCCAACCUAUUUUAAUUAAAAUUUAUAAAUUGAAAUUUAUGUGACAAACCACGAACACGAUCCACAAACAAAAUAAAAAUGUACUAAAAAAUGUACACUAUUUUCCAACGCUGUCUAAAUUCGUUUUUGCCUGUGUUUGCUCUCACAAUUCUGUCUUUUGGUUUUUCGCCGUCAUUGUGGUUGGUCGUCGGUUGAAAAUAGCGUUUUCUGUGCAAAUUUUAAACUUUGAUGAACAAGCAAAAAGUACAACAACAAUUUAAACACCAACGAAUUAAAUCAAAUAAAAGGUUGAAGAAUAAAAACUGAAAAGAAAAGGUUGCAAUAAAUAAAAAAUUUUGAAGAAAAAACGUGAAUAUGAGUAGUUUUGUUAACGAUAAUGUAAGCGAAAGCAAAAAGCGAGAACAACAAUUAACUGAAAAUCAAGAAAAUAGUGAAGAAACAACUACUGAAACAAAAACAUCAUCAACAACAACAACAAUAACAACAGAAAAAAACAAUCAAUCUGAAAAAGCUACAAUAAGUAAUAAUGAUAAUAAAGUUAACCACAAAUCUAAUGAAACAAACAAUGAAAAUACUAAAACAAUAAUACUUGAAAAUAAAAGUGAAAAAACAAGCGAAGAUAGAAAACUAACAAAAACGACAACAUCGACAACAACUACCGACGAUAAAGAUAAACAAAAAGAUAAACACGAUGAUGUUGCUACUGCUAUAGAUAAUAGUCAGAAUUUAAAUAAGCUAACAGACGUUAAUAAUUUUUCAACAGCACAAAUAAAUACUAGCGCAGCAGCAGCAAUAUCAUUAUCGUCUGUCCUAUCUGCCGCCACUUGUUGUCUCUCAAAUAUGCCAGCAGGCGAUGCUGAGCAACAGCAGCAACAACAAGUGGCCACAAUUGAUAAUAAACAAACGAGCGCAACAUCUAACACUAUUAGCAAUACGUUGCCAACACCAAUCAUUAAAGAAUUCAGCAAUGAAGAAGCUAACUUAAAGCAACAAUUGCCCACAGAAGUAGAGUCUGUAACAGCAGCAGAAACAGCAACAGUUACCUCGCCUUUGCCGCCACUACCACCGGGUUUUAACCAAACGCCAGUCGCUGGUUCCCAUUUGCCACAUAUUUGUAGUGAACCCACAUUUGGCGUACAAUUACGUAAUAGAAAUACAGAAGAUCAGCAGCAGAAUAAAAGUAAUAGCUCAACAAAAUCAGGUGGCAGUGCUCGCGAUUGGCGCCCAAAUACGUCGGCCCUAAACUAUAGUAGUGUUAUUAAAUCGGGCACUGUAAGUGCAUCAGCCUCGCCAAAUAUGGUGCGUAAAACAUCGGAUUCAUCCGUUUUACUACCACGUCGCGUGUCGUUUCCAAAAAGUGACAAUGAAUUAGUCACUGGCUAUUUAGAGCCAGCAAAUCCUUGGGAACAUGUUUGUAUGGUUAAAAGUAUUUCGGAAAUUGCUGAAUUGUAUAUAACGUCAUGUCAAAAGCACAACACAAAACCAUUGCAAUCAAUAUUGGACCAUUUAAAGGCAGUGGAUCUUACCAAACAAUUGAGGCGACAACCACUUCUAUCACUAAAGUCAAUCAAAUUGGCGCCAAGUGAUUGUGAAGCAUUAGAAGAAGUAUUAAAAAGGGUGCAGUACAAAUCAAUAGAUCUCUCCGAUUGUAAAUUGGACGAAGCUGCGGCCAGUGCUCUUUUUGAUAUGAUUGAAUAUUAUGAGGCUGCACAUGAAUUAGACAUUUCGUCAAAUGCCGCUGGCAUGACACAUCGAGGUUGGAUAUCAUGCACUUAUAUGAUAAGUCACAGUCAGGAACUGCAGGUGCUAAAUGCAGAAGGCAAUCCAAUAUCAAAACUAAGUGCAGAUCUUUUAGGAAAUGCUUUAAGUACUUCCAAUUUGCAUACGUUAAAAUUAGAACAUUGUGGUUUAAAAGGGGCACCGUUGAGCGGUUUGUGUUAUAAACUUUUCCACAAUAAAGUUCUAAAAGAACUUUGGCUGGCACACAACGAUUUAGAUUGCCACGAUGCUGAUACAAUAGCGGGAAUGCUGAAAUGUAAUCAUUAUAUAGAGCUAAUCGAUAUAAGCAAUAAUAAUAUUAGGGACGAGGGUUUGCGUCACAUAGUUAAGGCUUUGAUUAUGCAAUCCAUUGAGAUGGAGCGACGAACAACAUUUCAACGUACAGCUGCCAUAGACGAUGAUGGUGAUGGUGAGUGUAUGUCUCCAAUUGAAUCCUCUCCCCCUGUGGAUCUUGCGGAAAAAAAUGAUAAUUCGACAUUAGAUUGGAAUGCCAAAAAGGACCAACAACCAAAUGAAACACAGUCAUUGAAAACAACAUCAAAAAGCAGUGAUUUAGUCAGUGAAGGUAACAUCAGUAAGGAAACACCGUCGAUCUUGCCAUCAAUUGAAGAAAAAGUCAAAGGAGUCGCAGUUGAAACGCAUAGUGAUAAUGCCGUACAUGAACAACAUAAAGUGAAACCUCCAUUAAUAUCAUCUGUUGGAUCGACAAUCGAUGAAAAUGAUGGCGAUGAAGAUACUGAUGACACAGUACGUUCCAGUACGAUUAGAAACCCAUUGCAAAGCAGCAGUGGCGGCCAAUCCAUGCUUGAUAAACUUUUAUCAAUGAACAGUGAAAGCAGCAGUGAAGAUGGCGCAUCUAACCUAUCCACAGACACCUUAGCUGCCUGUAAUUCUGAAGAGGCUAGUUUAAUUAGUGAUGAAAUAUUCGAUUCUGCUGCAACCACGACAACAAGUACAAGUACAAAUACAAAAGCCCCAACAAACACGUUAGGCUUGGAAGUAACAUCUCUAAGUGAGGGUACAGUUACGUUGACUAGUGCCAUUGUAAAUCCGUCAAGUACUGCAUCCUCAGAAGUUCAUAAAGAUGGAAAAGAAAAAGCGAUAGCAUUUCAAAAUUCUCCUAGAGAAUGUCCGGUUAUCGCAGGUAACAAUGUCACACUAGAUGAGACAAAUGUGGUUUUAGUUAAUUCUCCCGCAAACUUGAGUAAUACAGCAAAUAUUCAAAGUACUCUUUUAACUAAUAAUAACAAUAACAACAAUAAUAACAAUAAUUCAACACCACAAUCAAUCAAUAUGCCGUUAUCCUCUACGCAAAUAUCGUGUUCACCCGCCUUCUCAAAUAUUGCCAACGAUCAAAAUAUACCAAGAUCAGGUGUGUUUGAAGUGACUGCAGAGGAGAGCGACUGUCUUGUGAGUGGUGGAGGUGUAUCUCGAGUGGCGGUUGGGGAUGACGUCGACAUGCGCUCGGGAGAUCACUCAAAUGUGAUGCAACAUCAUGCUGCCAGCCGAGCUUUGGAUGUUAACAAGAAUACAAAACUGGGAGAAGACUUCGAUGACACCCACAGUACGGACUCCGCAUUCGAAAGUGCCUCGGAAGGUGAUAUUAGUCGUCAUCUGCCGGAAGAAUUUACCCGCCUAUCUACAUCGCUUGAAAGUACACGAUUCGAUGACAUUGCCAAAGAGUUGGCUAUUGAAACAGCCACAAUUGCAUCGGAAUCCAACGAAUGCCUUAUAGCGGCCGCAGCUCAAGUGACGCCAUCAUCCACACCUACCCCACCAACUCCACCUUUCACCAAUCUUUCAACGCCUUUAACAGAAAGAGAACGUCUGACAGCCGAUUCGCCUAUUAAUUCUUGCCUUUCUUCUUCGCUGCCCACUGUUACGACAACAGCACCUCCCACGGUUCAAGUAGGCUUUGUUACUUUGGAGGAGCCUACGGAACCUGAAGUUGCAACUGCAAAUGAAGUUCGCGAUAAAAUACCAAAGGUGACAAUUGCUCAGGAAAGCUUUACACAGAAGUACAAAUCAAAUAGUACAAUAAGUACUAGCCCCAGUCCCACACCUACGCCGCCGCCACCAUCCACAUCACCGGGCGGAGCAAGCAGUGGUUUACGGCGUACAGAAUCCAACUGCGGAUUUUUGACCCAGUCUUCUCGAAAUCGGUCUCAAAGCACCGAUAGUUUGUGCAGCGAUAAUUCGUUGGAUGGCAGUAUAGGCAGUGGUGACUUAAAUUUUUCAUCCUCAUCCAAUCUUAACGAAAAAAUUACUAAAAAUGAUACGCUAACGCGGCAGCAACGACCCAUGGACGCUACGCCAGAACUUGGCACAAGGACACCAGGUGGCCUUAAGGCACUGGCAGUCUGGAACAACAACUUAAGCAAAGAAUCUGGCCUCUACAUCUCAGAUUUACUGGCGGAAACUGUCUCGUUAGAACUGCUCAAUAUUGGCAAAAAUUGUCUGUCAAAUGAAUUCGUAACUUUAAUAAAGGAUAGUCUUACAAAAAAUACUACAUUAACCACGCUGGGCUUACAGAGCGCCCACCUCAGUGCCAAAGGUAUAGAGACGCUAUCGUCCAUUCUAACUUUCGGUGGCAACAGCACCCUGCAACGUAUCGACAUACGCGACAACAAGUUAGAAGUGGAAAGUCUUACAAAAAUAGCUGAAGUUUUGAAGUCGAAUACCACCGUAACGCAAAUUGACAUUGACGAUGAGCCUAAACGGCUCUCUGUGGGCAGUGAAGCCCAUUUAGACUAUGCACGCGUCUUGGAAAAUGUAAGAUCGAUGUGUUCUCGCAAUGAGAAAACACAAGCUCAAAUCCAACAGGAAAAAUCAGCGGCAAAUGUUAUGGGUAAGAGACGAGGAGGUUAUUACCUUGGAUCGCGAAAGAUAUCUUUAACUUGUCAAAGCCGACCUGUUGUGGAUACGACGAAAAAUGUUGUAGUUUCUGCGUCUAACAGCAAAUUAGAUAUUAAACGGAAAACCGGUACCAGAUUGCGCUCCCCAGUACCAAGUCCAACCACAAUAUCUCCAUCGUCGUCACCAAAUCGUGCUAGUAGGUUUCAAGUUUUUCGGGUGCCAGAAGCCAGCCCACUUACAUCGCCAAAUACACAAAAACCAAUAGGCAACAGUCUUGUUGCCGCAAAGGCUGUUUCUAUGAGUAGCGCUGCUAUACCAUUAUCCUCAGCAACGGAAAGAGGAGGUAAUGAUCCUAUUUAUCAAAACAUUACAUCUACCUCGCUACCAACAUCCUGUUCGCUACCAUCAAUGGCAACAAUUUCGUCAUCGACGCAAUCUAUUAAGCGAUUGUCGGUUUCACCGCGUUCUCGUUUCCUAGUGCGUAAAGUAUACGAAGAUCCUAACCUACCCUUGGCCAGUCGCUUUACCCAACCCAUAACACCUCCAAUUAAUCCUCCACCAACGCCCAUAUCGCGAAAUGCUAAAGAGUCAAUAACUGGAUAUUUAGAGACUACGCCACCCUCUCAAUCACAUAAACGUACAGAUGAACGGCGACAGGAUUCACUCAUUAGUGGUAGUAGUAGUAUUACGACAGCAGCACAAGUUACCCCUCCAGCAACAUUUGUUACACCACCGCCCACCAUAAUUACGCCACAGCAAGAAUUCAAUACUACCACCGAGUCAUCUGCAGCAAUAACUACUACACCAAUUUUGAAAUUGCAUCAGAACCCUUCUACAAUGAAAACACCAGCGGGAACAGAAAUAUUAUCAGGAACAAAAACAACAACCACAAUACAACAAUGUGAGCAAAGUACAAAUAAUACAAUAACAAAUGACAGCAACAUUACCAAUCAGACACAUACUUCAAUGACAACACCGGCACCAUUAUCAACGACUCCAGUAACAGUACCAAUAAGUUCCAAUAACCUACAGCCGUCACCAUCGCUCCUCUCCACAUUAUCCUCAUCAUCAGACUCAUCUACAUCCUCCUCAUCAUCGUCCUCUUCCUCUACUUCUCCAGCUAGUAACACAGAUAGCUCAGAUUCAUCUCCAUCGCCAGUAUCAUCUGUUCAUUCUAAUGAAGCAUUAAGCAAACAGCAACAACAUGACCUAACUGGAUCUGGCCAAUGCCCAAUUGCAGUGUUCAGUGACAAUGACAUAACGUUAACCAAAAAUACUGUUAAUGAGGUAUUUGGUCCAGUUGCUGCCGCAGCCGCCGCUGCUGCAGCCAGAGAGAAUAUUGGCAAUAUUGUUGAAACGUCAAACGAAAAUAUAAUGCAUCCUGCUGCACAGCAACAGGAACCACAACAGCAACAACAACGCGUACGUAAAGUAUCAUGGAUUUCAAAUCCAACAGCAGUUGAUAAACUGUUGACAUUAUUUCACAAUCCAACUACCAUCUUUCAGCGUAGCUCAUCGCCUGAGUCGAAACCACCAAUAGCAUCAUCGACAACAACUACAGCAGCCACACAAUUGAGCCAGUCACCACCAACAUAUGCUGAAGCUGCAGCAGCCGCGGUUUUAGCUGCACAGCAGCAACAAAAGUCACAAACGAGUCUAGUACCUUUGCGAAAGCAAUCCCCACCAUCAUGGACAAAACUUGGCAAUGAUAUUAUAACAGCAGCUGCUACAAAUAAUGUAGACUUGGCCAAUACUGUAGCAACAACAGCAGCUGCGGUUGUAACCGAACAAUCAAGAUCAUUUUUCGACGCCGCAAAACAAUUGCGCGACUUUAGCAAACAAGUAUUUCGUCAAAAUCUAUCAUUUGGCAAUGAACCAGUAACCACAGCGUCCACCAGUAGCACAACAAUGACCACAGCCUCAGCACUUAAUGUUCAACCGACAGCCAGCGAAAGUAGCGGCGGUAUAUUGUUGGGCCAGCCUGGAGAGUACUGCGGUUGUGUUGGCACAACAACUGGAUGUUUAUGUGGUACUAUGCUAACCACUGAAUGUAAUGCGGAUUGUAUACCCACCGAUGUAAAGCAGGAGAUAAAAGAGAAUAUAUCACCUGAACAUACAAUUAAUGAAGAAACCUUGCAUAUAAUGCAAAAAUUAUAUGGCAGCAGUGCUGCUUUAACUAACGCAGCAGCAACAGUUAAUAUUGAGCCAAAUAAUGAUAAUAAUCAAACAACUAUUAUUGACACAUUAGCAACUGCAGCAGCAGCAGUAACACCACCACCGCCUACAACCACAACACAAAUACAACAUUCAAAUGUCGCAGCAACAAGUGGCAUUGAAAGUGAAUUACCUGCGCACAAUACUUAAACAAAUAACAGCAACUACAAUAUGAAAACAACAUUAUUAAAUUGUGAAUACAAUCGUGUUGCAAUAAAAUGGCACUACACUGCGUUUUUUUUUUUGUAUGUGCUGAAGGUGCAAUCUCGUAUUCAAACACAAACACACACACACACUCACAAAUAUGAAUACACUUCGUUUUACCACCCUUCACCACGCUAAAUCUUACUUUGUUGUCUUGUUGUAAGUUGUUUAUUAUUAAUUUUGUUAUAUUUUUUUUAAAUAAUCCCCACUCUUAUCGCCCCUGCCCCUACUCCCACUUUAUUUAAUUUUUUUGUUUGUUUUAUAGUUAUAAUAAUUAUUAUUUUUUUUUUCGUUAUGAAUUUGCUACACACAACUAUAUAUAUAUUUUUUUGUUAAUUUUAAGUAAUUUUUUUUUUAAUAUUUUUAUUUCUUAUUUUUGUUUUAUUCAUACUUGUAUGUAUAAAUUAAUAAUUAUUAUGGUCUUUAUUAUCAGAAUAUGUCGUCUACUACUACCAUAACUACCUAGCUAGUUUAGUUUAAGCCACUUUUUUAUAAUAAUUAUAUUGUUUUCAUUAUAAUUUUUUAUUCUUAUUUAGUAAUUGUGAAUUUGUUUCUGUCGUAAUCGUAUCUAAUUAAGUGUGAUAUUUAGCUAAAUAGUUAAACAAAAAUCAUUAACAAACAAAAUAUUCAUAUAUAUAUAAACAAUAAAAACAAAAAAACAGUAACAGUGGAAUUUGCUAAACUUACGAAUGUAAAUUACAAGUCAAGAUACAUAUACAUAUGUAUGUAGUACAUGUGUAUGUAGAUAGUUAGAGUUAUAGACAAAGAUUAGACAUUAUCAGUUGUAGUAAGGUUCAGAAUGAUGAGGCAAUGUUUUUGAUUACUUUUAAAAUACUAUUCGUUGCUUUAACAUACUUUGUUAGCUUAUAUGAAUAGAAGGAAGAAUAUGCAUGUUAUUAAGAUGAAUUUAUAAACUUUUUUUUGAAUUAUUUGUACUUAAAGGCAGAGUUCAUUCGUAAUUUAACUCUAGAUGGAGAAAGAUCGUCAGUCGCCGUUGCCAUUAUCGUUUAAGGGGAAUCAGGCUGUCCUUUUUGCUCUGCCUUCGAGAGUUUUACGUUUCGAAUCCGCAUUGACCAAAUGUGUGACAUUCAAUAGCUGCACGGUUCUUUGAGGUACACACUGAUCAUAUGUAAUCGUGUUAACUUAACCUAAGUUUUUAAUUUAAUCGUUGCGAUUCGGAGCAAGUUCAGUCUUAACUGCAGGAGCAGCUUAACAAACUUUAAAUAACAAAUAAACAAACAAUAGAAGAAUAAUUUUUAGUUUUUUUUUACACAGAAGAAAUAUACAACAUUUUUAUAUCUUAACGCAACAAAAGUACUUAUUAUACACAUUUUGUAUAAAAUUUUGAUUUUUAUUUAAAAUUUUUUAUUAUUGUCCUAAGUUCAACCUAUUUUUAAAAAAAUUUUUACUUAAAAAAGUUUUUCAUGUUAUUUUGUGCCAUUUCAAACUUUACCUCUUUGAACUUUGAGUCAAAGUUAUAACAAUGAGUACAAAUUGAUACAAUUGGAUUUUAUUUGAGAUUUAAAACUUAAAAUAUGGCCUCCGAUAGGUUAGUCAGUUAGACCGGAGGUGGUGGAUUCGAUUCCCUCCUAAGGCACUGGUUACAAGGCGCACAAAAGGUCCUAUAAAGGCCUCCAAUAGGUUAGCGUUUAGUGUUCUAGUCUGGUAGAUCGGAGGUGUUGGGUUCGAUUCCUUUCUAAAGCACCGGUUACGAGGCGCACAAAAGGUCUUAUAGAAGCCUAGGUAUUUCUUCGGAUUUGAUUUAUAUACAUCCUCUUUUCAAAAUAACUAACUAAAAUAUAUUUAGAAACAAUUUUUAUUCCUUAAUUCUUUCAGAGUUUGAUACUUUCAAAAAUUUUUAAAUAUAAAGGAAUUUAUGUUCACAAUGUUAUAUAAACAGUUUAUUUUGAACGUCAUGAGUUCACGUGUUUUUGAAAAUCUAUGAAAAUUUUAAACACUUUUAUUAAAUAAUUAUUUAGCACAAAUUUAAAUAUACAUUUAAUUUUAUAACUGACAAUAAGUUAAAUUUCGAUUUUAGAUUUUAUUUUAAAUUAAUAUUUUGAAUAUAAAACUCCAACUCCAACCUUAAGUCAUAUCACUUUUAAAAUAUCUCUAAAAAUACUUUUCAAGAACAUUUAGCAAUUAAUCAAAAGUUUAAUUUUGAUGUUGUUGACUCAAAUGAUUUAAACCACAUCUUUCAGAUGUUAUACACAGUACCUUAAAUUCCUGGUAUAAUAGAGAAACUUGGAUUUAGGAUUCGAAAGAAUAAAAUUUUAUAAAAAUUUUAAAAUAUUAAACACAUUGUGUUUUGAAAGCUUUUUCUUUAGAAUUGAAAUAUGAAGUAACCUCCCAGAUUUGAAUUCAGCGGAGCUUAAUCCUUUAGAAAAGUCUAACUAAGUCUAAGUCUAAAAAAACUUAAGUUUUAAUUAAAGAAAACACAAUAAACAAAAACAAUAAAAUAUUGAAUUCGGAAGAAG